AAAAAUUAUUUGCUUUGGUUUUAAUUUAAAAAUUGCGCUUUAUUAAAAAAAAAAAAAAAUAAGAAUCAACUCAUCAUGGAUAGAGCAAACAAGACGUCAGUGAGCUUAUUCUACAUUUUGUAUUGAAAAGGUUGCAAACUCAACUCGAGUACAGGAUAUUAUCAUCAAUGAAUUUGAUACCGCAGCGCUUCAUUUUUCGUCUUGGAUUUGCCUCUCAAACUUCAAUUCUCAAAGUAAACCAUCCUUGCUCAAUCCCUAGCCAUGGAAGAAGAAAACUUAGUACAAUUACUUUCUCCUUAGCAGUUCCAAAGUCAGGUGAAGAGGUUUUGGUAGUAGUAGGUGGUGGAGCUGCUGGAAUUUACGGUGCUAUUAGGGCCAAGACUAUUGCUCCUAAUCUUAAAGUUGUUGUUAUUGAAAAAGCUAAACCUUUAUCAAAGGUCAAAAUUUCUGGAGGGGGCCGCUGCAAUGUGACUAAUGGGCAUUGUCUUGACAAUAAGAUUUUGGCAGAACAGUAUCCAAGGGGUCAUAAGGAAUUCAGAGGCUCCUUUUUCCAUACUCACGGUCCAAUGGAUACAAUGUCCUGGUUCUCUGAUCAUGGUGUGGCGUUGAAAAUUGAGGAAGACGGAAGGGUCUUUCCCACCAGUGAUAGUUCAUCUACUAUAAUUGAUUGCCUCAUGUCUGAGGCAAAGAGGAGCGGAGUCUUGUUGCAGACUGGAAAAGUUGUUACUGGUGCAUCUUCCACUGCUGAUGGCAAAUUUGCGGUCAAGCUUGAGAAACGUAGUCUUGAUUAUGUGGAGCAGAUUGAAGCUGAUUUUCUACUAAUUGCUAGUGGGAGUAGUAAGCAGGGUUAUGAUCUUGCCACUCAACUUGGUCAUUCUAUUGUGGAACCUGUUCCGAGCCUAUUCACUUUCAAGAUUGAUGACUUGAAGUUAGCAGAACUGUCUGGUGUGACAUUCCCAAAAGUAAAAGCAAAAUUACAGCUAGAAGGCAUCCAGAAGAAUAUACCACAGCUUACUCAGGUAGGACCCAUGAUAGUAACCCACUGGGGACUCAGUGGGCCUGUGGUUCUUAGGCUAUCUGCUUGGGGGGCACGAUAUCUAUCCAGUUCAGACUAUAAGGGUACGCUUUGCGUGGAUUUUACUCCUGAUAUCCAUAUUGAAGAUCUAAAGUCUCUACUCACUCGUCACAAGAGUCAGUUUUUGAGGCAGAAGGUGCUGAAUUCUUAUCCUUCCGAAUUUGCGGUUGUGAAAAGAUUUUGGAAGUAUAUAUUAGAUCGUGAGGGCAUAUGCGGAGACAUGCUGUGGUCGUCCAUUUCCAAUAAUUCGUUAUUCGCUGUCGCUUCUUUGUUAAAAGAUUGUGCAUUUAGCGUGAAGGGAAAGGGCCAAUUUAAGGAUGAGUUUGUCACAGCUGGAGGUGUUCCACUUUCAGAGAUCUACCUUGAUAGAAUGGGAAGCAGGAUCCAUUCUCAUCUCUACUUUGCUGGAGAGGUACUCAAUGUUGAUGGUGUUACUGGUGGCUUCAAUUUUCAGAAUGCUUGGACAGGGGGAUACAUUGCAGGAACAAGUAUCGGUAACCUGGCUGGAGUUGCAUAUAACAGAGUAAAUCAGAAAAAGCAAGCGUAUCAAAAGACUUCUGUGUAAGUUUUUGAAGUAGUGUUCUAUGCCGAAAGUUAUGCUGAAAGCCUUUCGGGAGCUAACAAAUGCUCAAGAAGUCGCUGAAUCAGCUCAGAGAGAAUCUCUUUAGAAUGUACUGAUAGCAUGAGCUCUCUCUUCUUGCAUCAGUGGCUAUCUAUGGAACUAUACUAGUUAAGGUAACAUGCAUAUUGAAGAGGAAAAAAGGACUAAUAUGAGGAGUGGCAGAAUUGUAUAACUAAUUUGGUGCAGCCUAAUUGCUAAUGCCAUAUUUAGAGCACAGUUCAAAUCUCAAGAAGUUUGCUAUUCAGUUGGGCUUUCUCAACUCUUCUAACUUAUGUGCAAAGCUUAAUUAAAACAGAGACGGAGAUAGAAUAUAUAAUCCAGUUUUGCGUUUUUGUUAACCUGACAUCUGCGCAAAUUAGUCUAUUCACAUUUUUUUUAAUCA